AAUUUAUUCAAUGAAAAAUCUUAUCUUCAAAUCGAUUGGGAAGUUCUCACAGGUUAAAAAUAGUUAAUACUUUGUACAAUUAGAAAAUCAAUAUGGAUGUCAUAAUUAUCAUCCAUUGCCUGUGGUGAUUUCAAGAGGAAAGGGAAUUUAUGUUUGGGAUUAAGAAGGAAAGAAAUAUAUGGAUUUUUUAGCAGCAUAUUCAGCAGUCAAUCAAGGACACUGUCAUGACAAGAUCUAUUAAGAAUUAGUUAAAUAAGCCUCUUAAUUGACUUUAACUUCUAGAGCGUAAAAAUAAAAAUAACAAUAGAUUUUAUAACAAUAAAUUAGGAGAGGCUGAAAAAUAUAUUACCUAAUUAUUCAAAUAUGAUAAAGUGUUGUUUAUGAAUUCAGGAGUGGAAGCAGGAGAAUCAGCAGUUAAAUUUGCAAGAAGAUGGGCAUACAAUGUAAAGAAGGUUCCUGAAAAUUAAGCAAGAGUUCUAUUUGCAAAUGGCAAUUUUUGGGGUAGAACAAUCGCUGCAUGUGGAAGUAGUGAUGAUCCUGAAAGAUAUAAUAAAUUUGGGCCUUUUGGAGGAUUAAACUUUGAUCUUGUUGAUUACAACAAGUAAAAUUAAAUUAUUAUGUAGUCUUGAUGCAAUUGAAUCUAAGUUUAAAGCUAGUCCAAAUUAUGCUGCCAUCUUCUUUGAAGCUAUACAAGGUGAAAAUGGAGUUAUAAUACCUGACUCAAAUUAUUUGAAAUAAGUAAGAUCGUUGUGUGAUAAAUACAAUGUUUUGAUGAUCGUUGAUGAAAUCUAAACAGGCUUAGGCAGAACAGGAAAAAUGUUAGCUGUUGAACAUGUAUAAAAUGCUAGAAAUAUUUCAAUAGGAAAAUGUGAGACCUGAUAUGGUCUUAUUGGGAAAGGCAUUAUCAGGAGGAUUCUAUCCUAUAUCUGCUGUUUUGGCUGAUGAUUAAAUUAUGUUACAAAUCAAACCUGGAGAACAUGGAUCCACUUAUGGUGGUAAUCCUUUGGCAGCCAGUCUAUGCAUUAAAGCCUUGGAAGUUUUAUAAGAAGAAAAAAUGAUUGAAAAUGCUCAUAGUCUAGGCAAAGUUAUGGAGAAAAGAUUAGUUGCAUUAAAGAAAUACAGCAAUGUCACUCAAAUUAGAAGCAGGGGAUUAAUGGGAGCCAUUUAAUUUUAAGAUGGAAAAGGAGAUGUUGCAUGGGAUUUCUGUUUGAAGUUGGCAAAAGAAGGACUUCUUUGUAAACCUACUCAUAAAACUAUCAUGAGGUAGAUACUUGAUAUCAUGUAUUAGAUUAACUCCGCCCUUAAUAAUAAAUGAAGCAGAACUUAAUUCGGCAUUUGAUACCAUAGAGCAUGUAUUAAAAUCAUUAUGAAGAAAUGAGUGUAU